AUGUCGGUCAACACUCCUCCCGGAUCCACUGGUUCUCCUGCUCCUGCUUCUCCUGGAAAUAAUGCGCCGACAGAUCAGCAAAAUAAUGCUCUCGCAGACCGCAUGGUCCUUGACUAUCUGCGUGCUCGAGGUCAUGCUGCUGCUGAAAAGGCUCUCGCAAGUGUCGUCGAAGCUGCCUCUCCCGAGGAUAAGGGCAAACAACCAGAAACUCUUACUUCCGAAGAUCUUGUCAAGGCUCUCGCAGUAUUCGCACAAAAACCCUCGCGGCCAGGCGAAAAUGUUCUUAAGGAUACUUCAAGUGUUCUUACCGAACUCACGUCAUUGGGAAACCCAUCUAGCAUCCAGAACCUGAUUGCUAGCAUCGGUUCCGUCGGAGCAGAAGAUAUUCUGUCUUUGGAUCCCACAGACAAGCAAGAGGGAUUUCGAGAGUUGGAGGCUUGGGUCGAGGGAUCUCUGGAUAUGUAUCGACCCGAAUUUCGACCAAUAUUGUUCCCAAUAUUUUGUCACUUCUAUUUGGACCUCAUACAGCGUGGUUUCAAGGAUGCAGCGCUUCGAUUUUUCUCCUCUUUCUCGACUUCCCUUGCUCCUGCUCACACAACGAUACUACACCAUCUCUCUACUCUCUUGCUUCCCGCUCAUGUUCAAAACGACGAGCUGGCACAACGCUUUCGUGAUGAAAAGUAUGUUAUUCGAAUGAGCCGGUCAGGCUUUGGCUUGCUCGUAGGGUGGUUAACAGAAGGUGUCGGAGGUGAGGCCUCAGGUGCAGGUGAAGGCUUCUCAGGUGAAAAGGGCAAGAGAGGACGUGCAGCGGUCAUGCGCGUGGUCAACAACCAUCUUCGAUUCGAUGUCACUUCCUCCAACCCCACUUCAGUUGCGCCCAACACUUGGGAAGAAUCUACGGUAACCGAUCCUCAAGCGUACAAUACGUCGAAAGGUGACCUCAAACUCGGUCCUAGACCGAUAGCCGAAGAUCUUCGUACAGAAUCGGAACGCCAGCUACGAGAACAGGCCAUGGUUGACCGGGAUCCCAGUGCUCAAUAUGACAUGCAGUAUGCCCGACCACCUCUACUGCCUGGCAUUCUUCCUGUAACCGAAUCAGACCUUUUACCCCAUCCCCCUACUUUCAAAACGACUGAUGUUGAAAGAGAAGUCAACGCUGUACGGGAUGCACGUCGAAGAAUCCGACUGGAACCAUCAGCCCUUAGUAACAUCGACAUCAAUUCUCCUCAAGCUAAUACGGCGAGGGCGCGUGCUCUCCCCAGUAUCUGUGCUUAUACAUUACACAAUGUCGUGGAAGGAGCACCCUGCAUGGCUUUUUCUCAAGACACCUCAUUAAUGGCCGCUGGUUUCGCUGAAAGCUACAUCAGACUAUGGAGUCUCAAAGGCGAGAAACUCAAGGGAAUGAGGAGUGACUUCACUUCAAGCUCUGUCAAAGAUAUGACAUCUCUUCGCAAAAUCAAGGAAAAGAAAGGUAGCACGACUCGAAAACUCGUCGGUCAUAGCGGUCCUGUCUAUUCACUUGCGUUUGAUCCCCUUAAUGGCUCUGCAAGUCCUCCUAGAUAUCUGUUGUCAGCUUCAGCGGACGCUACAACGCGUUUGUGGUCGAUGGAAACUAUGAGCAACGUCGUUGCUUUCCGUGGACAUGAGAAUCCGAUCUGGGACGUCAAAUGGAGCCCUAUAGGAAUCUAUUUUGCUACCGCGAGCAGAGAUCGAACUGCUCGGCUGUGGUCGACAGACCGUACGAGCUGUUUGCGCAUUUAUGCAGGGCACUUAAGUGAUGUGGAUUGCAUUGAGUUUCACCCCAAUUCUUUGUACCUUGCUACCGGGUCUAGUGAUUGGACAGCCCGAUUGUGGGACGUUCAACGAGGUGCAUGCAUGCGGGUGUUCAUUGGACAGCAAGGCGCUGUAACUUCAAUGGCUAUCAGCCCAGACGGUCGAUAUCUAGUGACUGGAGGGGAAGACCUGGCUAUCAAUUUGUGGGACAUCGGUUCUGGCAAGAGGAUCAAGAAAAUGACCGGACACACGGCGUCAAUAUACUCUAUGGCUUUCAGUGCCGAGUCGUCUUUACUAGUCAGCGGAGGUGCUGAUUGGACCGUUCGAUGCUGGGAUGUAAAGAGCGCAGGUGGAUCACCUAGUAAACCGCGGGAGAACGGGACUACUCAAUACACGCCAUUGGGCCUCGCAAGCAAUGGCGCAGUCGUCGGUGGUUCAAACGAAGAAGAAUCUUCUGAAACAACUGACUUACUCGCGUCCUUCCCGACUAAAAGAACACCAAUAACGAAUGUACACUUCACACCUAGGAAUCUCUGUCCUCGUAGGAGGGAAUUAUUUAUCUCCAGAUGUACGAUGAUCCGAGUAUCGUCAUUGUAGAACCUUUGUGGGACCUUGUACUAAUUAGCCUAACUUAUUUUGCUUGUCAACAGUUCCUACUAUUUACCCCUUCCUCCCAGAAUGUUACUGGCCAGCCUCACCGCGGCUUCCAGCUGUAAAG